AUUUUUGCACGAGACCAUCAAUUUCGAGAACCACUCCCUUUCCCUAAUCCUGCUGUUGUUUUUUUUGCACUGUGUGUGUGUGUGUGUGUGUGUGUGUGCGCGCGCGCGCAUUUCUUUACUUUCAAACACAUUUCCUUUUUUAAAGCCUGGAGCUGGAGAGAGCGUGGCCAGGGAGAGGCGGGGAUCGUAGAGGCGCGCGGAUCCGUAGGGGCUCCCGCCGGUGCAGACGUGGGCGGUUGCGGCUUUAAAGAACAGGCAGGCAUAGGGCCGGCCAGCACUGAGGGCUAGGGGAAGGGGAGCGGCGGGCCGGGAAGGGGCGCGGGGAGGAGCCCUGAUGUAAGAAUGUUAAUGAGAGGCUCCCCCCAGCCCAGCCCCCACCUUUCCCCACCCCCACUCACUCCACCCGCUGGAAAUACAAGUCCGGCCUCGACGCGCCAUGUGUGGUAACACGCUCCGCCGCUGCCACGCUAUUUAAACGCGGGCUAUGGAUCCAGGAACCGGCGCGAAUCAAUGAGAUCAAACGCGAAGGAGAUGCACCGUCAAUUACAAGCACUUGGACAAGUCUAACUUUUUUUUUUUCUUUUACAAAUACGCUUUCAAAAGCAACCUUAGCAACGCCCAAAUAAGAAGCCACCUCUAAGCAAAUAGCAUAUGUAUAAAGGGAGGGCGAAUAUAUAUAUUUAUAAUAAGUAUAUAUGUAUAUUACAGACGCACAGGUUUACACUCGGUGAACUUUUUUCUUUCUUUCUUUCUUUUUUUAAAAACUAGUGACAUUGCAGAGAAGGACUGUUCCUCUCUAUCUUUUGGCGCGUUAGUGAAGGGGGUAUUCUGUUUUCUUAGAUCGCCCAAGGGGGCGCAGGGACCUCGGAAAGAAGAGUGGGGAAGAAAGAGGAAGGGUGGGUGGGGGGCAGGAGGCGAGUCGGCGGCGAAGGCGACCGCUUUCUUGCGGCACGAUGCCGUCCUUGCUGGUGCUCACUUUCUCCGCGUGCGUCCUGCUCGGCUGGGCGUUGCUGGCUGGCGGCACGGGUGGCGGUGGCGGCGGGGGCACGGGCCCAGGCAGCGGGCGCCGGGAAAGAGAGGCGCUGCCGCCUCAGAAGAUCGAGGUGCUGGUGCUGUUGCCCCAGGACGACUCGUACUUGUUCUCACUGGCUCGGGUGCGGCCAGCCAUCGAGUAUGCCCUGCGCAGCGUGGAGGGCAACGGGACCGGGAGACGGCUUCUGCCGCCCGGCACUAGCUUCCAGGUGGCCUACGAGGACUCGGACUGCGGUAACCGUGCACUCUUCAGUUUGGUGGACCGCGUGGCGGCUGCACGAGGCGCCAAGCCGGACCUCAUCCUGGGGCCUGUGUGCGAGUACGCUGCCGCGCCGGUGGCUCGACUUGCGUCGCACUGGGAUCUGCCCAUGUUGUCGGCCGGAGCACUGGCCGCGGGCUUCCAACACAAGGAAACUGAGUACUCGCACCUCACGCGUGUGGCGCCUGCCUACUCCAAGAUGGGCGAGAUGAUGCUAGCCUUGUUCCGCCACCACCACUGGAGCCGCGCUGCUCUGGUCUACAGCGACGACAAACUGGAACGGAACUGUUACUUUACCCUCGAGGGGGUUCACGAGGUUUUCCAGGAGGAGGGUUUGCAUACGUCCGCCUACAAUUUCGACGAGACCAAAGAUUUGGAUCUGGACGACAUCGUGCGCUACAUCCAGGCCAGUGAGCGAGUGGUGAUCAUGUGUGCAAGUGGCGACACCAUCCGGAGUAUCAUGCUGGCAGCACACAGACAUGGCAUGACCAGUGGAGACUAUGCCUUCUUCAACAUUGAACUCUUCAACAGUUCUUCCUACGGAGAUGGCUCAUGGAAGAGAGGAGACAAACACGACUUUGAAGCUAAGCAAGCGUACUCAUCCCUCCAAACAGUCACUCUACUGAGGACCGUGAAACCUGAGUUUGAGAAGUUUUCCAUGGAGGUGAAAAGUUCUGUUGAGAAACAAGGACUCAAUGAGGAGGAUUACGUUAACAUGUUCGUCGAAGGAUUCCACGAUGCCAUCCUCCUCUACGUCCUGGCUUUACAUGAAGUACUCAGAGCUGGUUACAGCAAGAAGGAUGGAGGGAAGAUUAUCCAGCAGACCUGGAACAGAACAUUUGAAGGUAUUGCUGGGCAGGUCUCCAUAGAUGCCAAUGGCGACCGCUACGGGGACUUCUCUGUGAUCGCCAUGACGGACAUUGAAGCAGGGACCCAGGAGGUUAUUGGUGAUUACUUUGGAAAAGAAGGUCGUUUUGAAAUGCGUCCUAAUGUUAAAUAUCCUUGGGGCCCUUUGAAACUUCGAAUAGACGAAACCAGAACUGUGGAGCAUAGCAACGGCUCUCCUUGCAAAUCGUCAGGUGGCCUAGAAGAGUCAGCGGUGACGGGAAUUGUUGUGGGGGCCCUACUUGGUGCUGGUUUGCUGAUGGCCUUCUAUUUUUUCAGGAAGAAAUACAGAAUAACCAUUGAGAGGCGAAACCAGCAAGAAGAAAGUAACAUUGGAAAACAUCGGGAGUUGCGGGAAGAUUCCAUCAGAUCCCAUUUUUCAGUGGCUUAAAAGCAGCCCUCUCCCCCCUCCCUCUGCUUGAGAUUCUUAAGGAGAUAGCUGGGACGAAAGACAUCAGUGGAACAGAAGGGGCGUUCUUGAAGAAUUCAUUCUUUUAAGCAGUUAGUCAUUUUUUUCUUAAAAUUUCUUUAGAAGCUCAGGAACGAUUAUUAAUCACCAUCAGCCUCCUUGCCUUUCAUCUCACGACAAAGAAAUAGAAGGCGAUAACGUCACUCUGUUAAAUGUUCAUACUGCUGGGAGGGCAUACGAUUAGAUUUAUGUUUUUAAAAUCUGAUGUCUCCAUAUCUGGACGGUUUCUGGGGGCAUUUCACACAAGGAUAUAAAAAUGUGGUUUUCUUCAAUGAAAUGUUUUGCAGCUAGAAUAAAAUCAUUUUUACGAGUAGAAUAUUCUUGGAAAGAAUUUAACACCCAAUGAGAGGAAACCAUAAUGAAAAAAUUCAAGGUUGGAAAUAGAGAGUUCGUCUCUGGAGCUGGUGGACAGGCUGUGGUGGAGCAGGGCUCUGUCCAAUGUCUACAUUCAGGUCUGACUUCAUAUCUUCAGAAAGGAUCCUCCCUGUCUCUCGCAGUGUCUCCUAAAAGCUACUCUGGAAAGUUGUAAAUAUUAGUGAGGUAGGAGGAUUUUUACAAGAAAAGCAAGUCUAAAAUGUUUCUUUUUUUGAUGUAAAAAAACCUCUAUUUCGCACUAACAUUUUAUUUUUAAGUAUUUUAAUCUUAUAUUUUGGUAUUAGAAAAAUGUGUCUAUUUUUUCAUUUUGAAGAUUAAAUUUCACUUAUAUUUUAAAAGAAUGGGUAAAGUGUACAACAAAUCAAUGAUGCUGAAAGAUACUUCUCUCCUUGUUUCCCUCUUCCUCUUGGCCAGACGCUAAUUGCUGCUUUAAUUACAGAAAGCUAGAAAUGUAUUCAGGUUAUAAAUGCUACAGGAGUCAUACAUUUCCAAACCAUUGUGCAUUUUUAACUGUUUUAAGUGCAAACUAUUUUAGGGUUAUAUCCCUUCCAAUUCUGGCUAGAUUAUGAGUUUCAAGAUUAGGAAUAAAAAGCUAUUUGGAAUUAAGCAGAGUUUUGUAGAGAGGUAGCUGUUUUUCCUUAAGAACAACUAAAUAGAGAGUGAGAAUUUGACAAUAAGCAUAGAAAUGAAAAAUUUGAAAAAACGCCUACAUGAUAUUUACCAAAAUUCAAAGUGGUGAUUUUGGCUGAAAGACAGAAUCUAAAUAUCCACCAUAUCCACUUUCAGUCAGCUCCAUAGAGCUUCAUGGCUACCCACUAAAGACCAUGUUAACAGUGGGUUAGGUGCAGACAUAAGGAAUUUGGAAGCACUUACUGGAUCUCUACCUUGCACCCUGGACUGUGCACAGAGGUUUAAACUAAGGUUGCCAAGUUCACUUAUCAUUUGUGGAGAAAAGAGACAGUGGGGGAGGAUGGGCAGCUGACUGGUGAGUUACCAUCUUGUAAAAUGCCACCAGGGCCUUUCCUCAGCCAUAUUUUGAGGAUCUGAAACACAGUUUUAAGAAUCAUCUUCAUAUCAUAAAAGGCCACAGACAGGUAGGAAGACGGAGUCUGAACAGGGUCUUGGUGGUGCACAGAAGGGCAGCAAGCUGGGUGCAGCAGGUCCUGGUCCGUGGUCUGCUUCCCCGAGGGGACCGGUCGUUACUCCCACUUCACCCAAAGCGUACAGAUUAUUUCUACGGGGGACAGUUUUCCCUCUGUUGUUUAGAAAAUGGGAUGCAGGUUGCGAGGAGGGCGGGGAAGACAAGUCAACUAUAGUCAAUGGGAACAGUGACGUUGUAGGUCCCCACGCUGAACGUAAAGGAAAAAGUGCAGAAUUCUAAAACCCAUAGGAGAAAAAAGUAGUCAAGACAGGCAAACUCCAGAAAUUCUGACGUAGGAAGAUUGUUUGAGAAGUAAAACACAGGAAGAGAAGUGUUUGAUGCUAAGGGCUCCCCAGAGCCAAAACAGGAGGGGUGGGGGCUUGGGGCUUGCAUGCACCUUGGUUAUGUGAAUCAGAGAACUAAUUUCUCUUUAACCCUUAUUUUUCAAUAAUGUAUUUCGUAUAUUUUAGAGAAACUCAUUUUCUGUUAUCUUGUAUUUGGUAAGAACGUUUACCUUUCAAACCUAGGUGCUUAAUAAUCUACCUGGUUGUUCUCUUUGGUUAUAAACAUUUCUAAUCUUUUAGAAUUUACAUAGUGGCCCAUGAACACCAACAGUUUUAGAGUAAAUAUCUUUUUUUUAUACUUCAGAUAGAAAAAUAGUUCUAAAUUUAAUAUUAUAUCCCUAGAUAAAAAUCUUAAAGGCGAGUGAUAAUUUUUUUUUAAAAAAAAUGGCAGAUCACGAGGUUUCUGGUAUGUGGAUAUCAUUCUCUUCUAAUUUUAAAGUAUUUCUAGUGUUCUUAAGACUGGUUGCUUAUUUACAUCUCUAAUUGUUUUUUUCUUCCUCGAAAUCUUCACAUGAAUUACCAAAACUCCAUUAAGUUCUGAAAGUUCCAUGAUGGGAAACCUUUGCUCAAAGUAUAGAUAGGCCCAAGGUUGUCAUGCAUUUAGACCUCUAGAAGGUUGUAUUUUGGGAUUUAAAUUUUUAAUUGCUAUGCAUUAUCUUCAUACUCUGCCAGUAGCCACAAAUUAUAUAAUAAAAUAAAUAGGGCUUUAGUUCUUACAGUCAUUCUAUAAAGUUCUACCCUGAAAUCCAAGGUGUUCAGAUUUCAAAAGGGAUGUUUUAUCAGAAUUCUUCAGCUGGUCACACAUAAGCUCCCAUUGAUACAGGUCAAAAUGAGCCUGUACUCUUUGCUGUUGGGAAUAAGUGUGGAUUUUAUGGCAGUAUUAUUGUCUUAGAUGUUGAGGGUGGGAGAGGAACUCAGAGACAAGAACUUUCCCCACCUGACAACCUGUGUCUGGCAAGAACUUCCUGUAUAGAGUCCAUAUUUCCCUGCAGCCUGACCACAGAUUUUAUGAGAAAUCCCCUGGAAACAUGGCAUUUCUCUGAAGCACCAUCAACUUGUUUUUUCCUGAACCACAGAUAUAACUCCGUAGGCCUUACAAUAGCUCUUUACAGGUCAGAGCCAUAUUUAAUGGAGGGAGGGGAGAAAUAUAUGGAAAGAGAACAAAUGCCUCCCUUUCUCCUCCCUUAAGUUCAAAGACUUUUACUUUGUAGUGCCAGAGUACUUCCCCCUGUUCGCAGGCUUCGAGGACCAUUAAGUGCCCCUACCUUACCACUUUUCUUCUGGUUGGGACUGAUUUGGGGCCUAAGAUAUGCAGUGGGCAGUGAAAGUCAAGGCCAGGGUAGCCCUCACACUGACAGCGGUGUUUUCAGAAGCAGGUUCAGUAGAAUUGUCACCUUCCUGGAAGUGAGCACAUGCUGGCUAUUUGUGGACGUCUCUUCAGGAGACUGAAUGGAAGACUAUGCCACCAGUAUUAAGGGAGUGUUCAUAAACUGGAAGGAGCAAGCGCCUGUGUUUCUUGGGACACAAAGAACUCAGAUGCUGAGUGGAUGCAGUCAUAAAGGCAAAUACCAACCUAAAUUAGACUCCUUGAUCUCCGUGUCAUGGGUUUUGUUUAGUUACACCCUGUGGUUCAGGGCCUCCUAAGGAAGCUGGUAAUGAGCUGAAUUUCUUGUUCAGUGGAAAAAACUGAAACUGUUUGAAAACACAGGAUAUGUUUAGGGACAGCGUGGAAGCAGAGGGAAUUAGAUGGUGACAUUCAGAGGGAUGAGUUUCUUUUUCAGUUGGUCUUUAGAAUGGAAGAAUAUCCAACAACUUAGUCUCUCUCCAAUAGCUAGACACAGCGGGAGCUUCAGCCACCAAAAGAAAUGGAAGAAUGUAGUUUCACAGGCUGUCACUGUCUUUACCACCCCAACCCCACCCUCCAUCCAUUUUGGCUCAAAAGACAUGUCAGCAUCUUGCCUGUGCACGUGAGAACCUGUGCACAGGCCUCCAAACUUCCUCAGAGGGAAAUCGGCAAAAUGCUGCUGGUUGUAAGAAGGUAGCUGGCUUUUCUUCAGAACCCUUAUACUAACUUGAACACACAUGCCCUUGGGACAGUCCAAGCCUAUGAUGUGCAUCAACUCCAACAAGCCUGACUUUGGUUUUCAGCAUGCAGAUUUCACAAAUAUCUUACAGGCAUACCCCACAGCUAGACUGCAGGAUUAAAAUAACUUUCAAAAGGUGCUGGGUUGGAGUUUGUUCAAAUUUCUCAUUAACCACUAAUGUUAAUUCAUACCAAAGGCAAAGCAUUUUACACCAGUUGAUGCUGUUAUGUUCAUGUUAUAAGCUACUUCAAACACCGUGAAAGGGUUUCAGUGGGAACUGAGUCUCAGAAGUAAAAAUCUGUACAUUAUAAUAUAUCUCUUUGAUGUGUCAGGUGUGCGAUAAUUCCUAGUGGAGAGAUUUGAACAAGUAGAAUAAAAUGUUGCAUUGCUUUGAUUCACAUUUAAAGACUUAAAUUUCUGUGCACAAGGAAGAAAGAGUCCACUGACUACACAAUGUGUAAAUUGUGUAAGUCACAACACAGGCCACCAAAUUAUUUUUUAUUUGUUAUUAGAACAAAGCUGUUCUAAUGCAUAAUUAAUAUUGGUCAGAGAAGACCAGGAAAGGGGCAAAUUUGGAUUUUGAAAUGGAGUGUCUCAUUUAUUAUUCAAUGCCAAGAUCUGAAAAUGUUCAGUGUGAUCAAGACAGCAAGAAGUGCCCCUCACCAGCAAGGAGAUGAUGUGAGUUUGCAGACUGAUGUAUCUGGGAAUUGGAGCUUUGUUCCCUGUGCGUUAUUGAAACCAAGAAGACGUAGGAUAGAUGUAGUGGAGCAUCAGUUCUGUGGUCUUUGUCUUCUGGGCCAUAUCAUACAUUGCUAGCGUAAAUAUAGGACUUCCAACCAAUACAAUCUACCACAAGUCUGGUAGAAAAGUAAAAGUAAAAGCUGCACAAGCUUCACACAGUUUAUUAUUCUAAUGUAAGUAGAACUAUCUGCAUAUAAUGUGAUUUAAUUUAUUGUUGUUUUGUGUAGAAAAUGAGAAUUAAUGACUGUGGAUAUAACCUGUUUUUGUAUAAUAUAUUUUAUUUCUGGUGCAAACUGGUCAUUUAAAAUACUACUUCAUUUUGUGUUUGGAUAUAAAUGUGUAUGUGUUCUUGUAAAUGUUUCUAUUAAGCAAGAAUACCACAUACUCAGAGUAUAACGAUGUGUUCUCAUUAAAAAAUACAACC